UUGAGCUUCAUACCACACACAAACAAACUAAUAACCUAGUAAUAUUCCAACGCUCGACCUCGGCAGUCGACGCGUCGGCUUACAAUCCUGUUUCGCUCGGCGUGACAACCAGAAUUUCAUUUCAAUAUUAUUCAAUAAUAUUUUUGUUUCAUAACCAUGUCCAGUAACGUUCCAUUGUAUGUAACGGCCACUGUUACGGCGGCUGGAGUCCUGGGCGGCGCUUACUGUGCAUACCGCCUGUUACAAGAAAAGCCAGUGAAGCUUCCAGAAAAAUGGGAACAAGUUGGAGUUCUGAAGGAAAUCAACGUCUACCCAAUUAAGUCAUGUGGCCGCGUCACGUUGGAAACUGUCGAAUGUACUAACAUGGGAUUGAGAGAUGGGUGGCUUCGGGACAGAGUCCUGAUGGUUGUCGACGAUAAAGACAACUUCAUAACAGCCAGAGGUUUCCCUGAACUCUUGGCUGUGCAGCCCACUAUUAGAAACUCUGUUCUCACUUUGGAACAUCCUAACAUGGAAAAACUGAACGUGAAUCUAGCUGAGAUUGUGGCUCUUCAGAAACCCAAGACGGCAAUUGUUUGGGGCGAUCCUGUUCCAGUGUAUGACUGCGGCUGGGAGGUGAGCGAGUGGUUCUCAAGAUUGAUUGAUCGGUCACCCCUCAACUUCCGUCUUGUUUACUAUGCGUCUGAAAACUGCCGCAAACUUCGUGGCAGUGCUAACAAGAUCUACAAAUUCAGGAAAGAAGAUACGGGUGCCUUACCUGAUGAAACUUCCUUCAACCUCGUCAACGAAGCGUCAGUUGAUGACUUGAACACUCGUCUAUCUAAUGACAACAAGGUUACAACCAAAAACUUUAGACCCAACUUCGUGCUCAAAGGCGCUAAGCCUUAUGAUGAAGAUAACUGGAAGUUCGUGAAAAUUGGCGAAAAUGUGUUUGAAAUUAUCAAACCUUGUCUGAGAUGCGUCUUGACCACCAUUGAUCCGGAGACCGGUAUUCGCAAUGCCAACACGGAACCAUUACAGGAGUUGAAGAAGUACCGUCAACUCACCAACCCCGAGGAACGUAAAUCCGGUGGCAGCUCUCCAAAGAUGGGAUUACAGAUGGCACUGCGCAGUGGUCCAGGUGGAAAAAUUUCGCUCAACGACCCCAUUUACGUAGCAUAAGUGGUUUCUCGGGAUUUUUUUUUUUCAAUUAUUUACAAAGUUGGUUAUAUUGGGCCUACCCCAGAUUUUUGCAUUUUUAUCUCGUGUUUAGAUUGUUGUUAUAUUCAAUUAUGAAUUUCAAUACCAAAUAAAAUAAGGAAAUGUU